AUGGGGACUUAUUUUAAGUUUUUUUAUAAAGAGGGGCUUAAUAGAGAGGGGGCUUAAUAGAGAGAAGGGCUUAAUAGAGCUUUUAGGGUAUUUGUUUAUUUUAUGCUUCUUCUGACUUAAAAUUAAUAAAGAAAUAUGGCACAGCAGUUUGGUCAUUUUCAAGAGCCAAAAUGUUAUCUUAUUCACAAAUCAAUCUGCUGCAGAGUAUGGUACUUUUUGACAAGAUCUCACGUGUGCACAGUCUUUUCCGCCACUUUUCUCUUUGCAAAUCUUUUUUUAACUUUACAUAUAGAAUGCAUAGAGGAAUUUUUCUCAAUAUUGUUGUAGAAAAUUAACCAUCAUUUUAAAAUUUGAUGCGCAGCACUACAAUGACCUUGUGCCUGCAUCACCCACACUCUGCAGACCCUGUGCAUGCAUGCAUCAUUAUAAUCUAAUGGGUAAAAUGGAACUUAGGAACAAUUUUAAAAAUGCUAUGUAUGAUUUGAUGCAGGAAAAAUUAGGCCACAACAAUAUUUAGGACAAAAAUCUUUCCAAGAUUCUUGGUACACAGGCAAAUCAGAUUCAGUUUUAUGUAGUUGAGAAUUUCAUGUGAUAAGAACAAAGGAUAACAAGGACAAUGGGGGACCUUAUGUAUCAGUAUGAGAAUGUGGAGGUUGGUGAUCAAGGAGCUUACUCCUCAGGCCAGGAUUUCCAAGAACCAAUAACUUCUGGAUUUGUGAGUGUGAAGACAGAAAUUGAUAUUCCAAUCUUCAAACGAGAAAUAAAAAACUAUCGUCCACCUGCUAAUAUUGUUGAUUUCAAAGUCAGCAAUAACAUCGCUGCUAUUGCCCAUGAAAAUAAUGUGGUUACUCGACUGGACUUGAGCAACCCAUCAGAAGUAGACAAUGUUGAGAUUUCUAAAAGGGCAGAUGACAAAAUACAUAAAAUAUUCCUCGACCCAACUGGCAGACAUCUAAUUGUUUGUAUGCAGUCCCUUGAGUCAUAUCAUCUUGGAAGAAAUAACAAAAAGGCAAAGGCUCUGCAAAAGUUCAAAAGUCACCAAAUAGAAGCAGUUGGUUGGAAUAAAAUAAAUAUGAGUGAAACAGCCACUGGGGAAAUUCUUAUUGGUACCAGCAAAGGGACAAUAUAUGAGACUUCCAUUGAAGCGGAAGAAAAAUUCUUUAUUCAAAUGGGAGCUGAAAGAUAUAUCAAAAUGCUCUAUGAUGUAAACCAAGGAAGAAGAAACGAGGAACCAAUCUCUGGUAUUCAUGUCGAAAGGUUUCCUGGAACUGAGAAACGGAUGUUAGUCAUGGUUGCCACUCCCAGCCAGCUAUAUCAAUUCAUUGGCGAUACUGGUGCAGAAGGGCCUAUUUUUGCACCUGUAUUUGCUGUCUUCGAACCAAAUCCAGCACCUUUCUUGGAAUUACCCGGGACUCUGCAUCACAGUGAUCUGGCCUUCUAUUUUUCAAGGCCAAAGGAACCACCGAAACUCUUUGCGUGGAUAACUGGACCUGGCGUGUAUUUUGGUGGUCUCGAUUUUCAAAGAUCGCAGGCAAAAGAGAACAUCACGCUCGACACACGUCUCUUACCUCCAACAGAACCAAAAUUAAAUGCUCCAUUAAGUAUUGCAGUUACAGAGUUCCACUGUAUCUUGCUAUACCCAGACAGGUUUGAAGCCAUUUGCACAUUGGAUGACCAGGAAGUGUUUGCUGAGCACAUUCCUUCGCGAUUUGGCCGCGCAAUCGGAAUGUGUACAGAUUACGUGAAGAAGACUGUAUGGGUUUUUACAGAGCUUGCUAUUUAUCAAUACGUGAUCAACAAAGAAAGCAGAAAUGUAUGGAGGAUUUACCUUGACCAAGGAAAGUACGAGCUAGCCAAAGAUUACUGCAGAGACCCCGCUCAAACGGACAUUGUGAUUCGGAAGCAGGCUGAACAGUUAUUUAGUGAUAAGCGUUAUGAACAGGCAGCUGCAUUCUACGCCCUUACACAAAUAUCUUUUGAAGAGGUUGCUUUGAAAUUUAUACAAGUGAAGACCCCUGAAGCUUUGAAAACGUUUUUGUUAAAGAAAAUGGUCAAUUUAAAACCACAGGAUCGAACCCAGAUGACAAUGAUUCUUACGUGGCUUAUCGAGCUGUAUUUAAAUCAAAUUGGAGAGCUGAAAGACCAAGGCUCAAAGUCAAGGACAGAGCUGGAAAGGCUUCAAGAGGAUUUUCGCAAGUUACUCGCGCAGAGCAAAGUCAAGCAUUGUCUGGAACAGAAUCGCCAAUUGACUUAUGACCUACUUGCAAGCCACGGCGACACAGAGAACAUGAUCUUCUUUGCAAUGAUCAUGCAGGAUUAUGGAAGAGUUAUCAGCCAUCAUAUACAACAAGAUGACUUCAAGUCUGCUUUGGAAGUUCUUAGAAAGCAGGGUGAUAACGAGCUCUUCUAUAAGUUUUCACCAGUUCUGAUGCAGCAGAUACCAAAGGAAACAGUUGAUGCUUGGAAACAAAGGAACCUGGACCCAAGAAAACUCAUUCCGGCUUUGGUCACACACGAGCAACAAACAGAUGUUUCAUACAUACCAGAGGCGAUAGAAUACCUCGAACACUGUGUUUACAGUCUGCUAAAUGAAGAUCAAGCCAUCCAUAACUAUUUGAUAUCUCUUUACUGCAAGCUUGAUGAUGAGAAACCCUUGCUACGCUAUUUGAUAGGGCGUGGCGAUGACCAAGAUCUUGUUCCCUACGAUAUGAAAUACGCCCUACGACUCUGCUCAGAAAACAACAAGCAAGAGGCUUGUGUACAUAUUUACAGUGCUAUGGGGCUGUAUGAAGAGGCGGUGGAUUUGGCUCUGAAGGUAGACGUUGAGAAGGCCAAGAUCUACGCUGACAAACCAGAAGAAGAUGAUGCUUUGAGAAAAAAGUUAUGGCUUAAAGUUGCGCGACAUGUUGUUGAAAGCCAGUUGGAUAUUGGGAGAGCCAUGGAGCUACUAAAUGAGUGCAAUCUGCUUAAAAUUGAAGACAUUCUGCCGUUCUUCCCUGAUUUUGUUACUAUUGAUCAGUUCAAGGAAGCUAUCUGUAAGUCAUUGCAGGAAUAUAACAAACACAUCGAUCAACUGAAAAACGACAUGCAGGACGCAACAGAUAGUGCUAGGGUCGUUCGGGAAGAAAUUCAUGAAAUAAGAAACAGAUACGGUACAAUAGGAGCCCACGAGAAGUGUGCAGUCUGUCAAUAUCCGCUGCUAACAAGAUCGUUCUACUUCUUCCCUUGUUCCCAUGUGUUUCACUCUGAUUGUCUGGUAAACGAGGUCAGCCACCACAUUAAAGAUAAACAAAGGAAGAAGAUUGAAGAAAUUCAAGCCAAGCUAGCAAACCUUACUCUGACGUCAUCGGCAUCAAUGUCAACUGUCAGUGGGUCAAUCACCCCUGGUAAUGCUUCUGCGAAGGAGCAGCUCAAGUCGGAGCUAGAUGACAUUGUUGCAUCCGAAUGUAUCUACUGUGGUGACGUCAUGAUAAGAUCAUUGGAUAAACCGUUUAUUGAAGAAAGCGAAUACGAUUCGGUCGUUGCUGAAUGGAAUUAAGGUCGAAAAAUCAUCACAAGAGAUCAAGUGAGAACAUGGAUGGUUUCUACGUGUUUUCUACCAUAGAUAGCUUGACAAUAUAUGCCAUGAUAUUUUGUGGAAAUGGCGUUGUAAAGGGACAUGUACAUCGGAACUGGAGGCACAAUAUUCAUGUGCCCAAAUGUUUUGAAAAUGCCCCCUUUCUUAGAAACACCGGCUUUAGGACUUUUGGUAAAGCCGCCCUACUUUUAGCCCCUAUGUUUGAGAAAUACUGCCCCUUUCCACCGUUGCUGCAAGAGAUUAUUUUUUCAGUUUUUGUUAAUAUGUGUAAUUUAUGUAAUUUCAUGUUUCAUCUCUUAUAAAGGAAACGAGAUUGGGUUAGAGCACCCCUGAAAAAAUGAAUAUCUAAUAAUGUAUUGGAGCACAGAUAAAAAUUUUCAAUCGUAGAAAAUUUUUUCGACGGAUAAUUGUACAGGAGGCACGGUCUCCGUUAAACUAACCCCUCUCAACUUAAGCUUUCCCUGCAGUGUAGCUAGUUGAUAUGCGGAGUUUCUUCCUCUUUCAUUUUUUUUAAUUUAAUGGACUAUUAUUUUAAGCAACUUGAAAGAGAAGCUCUUGUUUGCAAAAAAAACUGUCGGGAUAAAUUUUUCUUGCAUACAAAUGAAUCAUAAUUUAUUUGGAAUUAUUCGUAAAUAUACAGUAUUCUAGUUUAAAUGCAAUAAUAAUUUAGUGAAUUCAAAAUCACACAUGAUCGUCGGCUAUGAUCAAUUUUCAGAGAGAAUUUAUUAUUACGCAAUGCCGAAUAAUAACCUUUGGUUAGCAUUCACAUUAA